UUCCCUCCUCCUCUUCACAUCUCGCGCUGCUGCUCUCCUCUUCCGUUCCAACGCCCCACCACCAGAGACAAAACAGCUUGCCUUUUGAAAAAGGAAAAAGAAGAAAAAGAAGAAGAAGAAGAAGAAAAAACACGGCAAAACCCUAGAUCUCUCGCUAGUUUCGUUCUCCUUCGCUCGCAUUGCUGGUUGGGGUUCGCCUUUCUAUGACCGGAGACUCUCAGUGAGGAAAGGCGAUGGCCUCCGCCGCCGUCAUCCCGUCGUCCGCGCCCGGCGCCGCCGCCGCAGGUGCGGCCGCGGUUGAGAGCGCUGGGUGGGUGGUGGACGAGCGGGACGGCUUCAUUUCAUGGCUGCGCGGAGAGUUCGCGGCGGCCAACGCCAUCAUCGACCUGCUGCUGCUCCACCUCCGCUCCGUCGGCGAGCCCGGGGAGUUCGAGCACGUCGCCGCCGCGGUGCAGCAGCGGCGCCACCACUGGGCGCCCGUGAUCCACAUGCAGCAGUUCUUCCCCGUCGGCGACGUCGCGUACGCGCUCCAGCAGGCCGGGUGGCGCCGCCGCGCGCCGCCGCACCACCAGCAGCAGGGCCCCGGCGCCUCGCCGUCCCCGCCGCCCCCUCCCCCGCGCGGCCGCCCCUCGUUCUCGGCGUCCCACUCGCACCAUCGCCACGGUGGUCACCAUCAUCGCUCCGAUUCGGUGCGCGGCGGCGGCACUGGUGCGACGGCUGGAUCCGAUAAAGAUGGACGUGAAGUUCAUAACAAGGAAGAGAAAGGAAUGAAGGAAGCAGAGAAUGUGGUUGAAGCUAAAAGCUCACAGUUGGAGUCUCUUGUUUCUCAUGAAGGUGAAAAAACUCCUAGGCCGCAAGCUGUUGCUGAAGGAAGCAGUAAAGUGGUUCCAACUCCUGUGGAGUAUACGGUCAAUGACAUUAUUGAUGGCAAGACGGUUAAUGCUGUUGAAGGGCUUAAGGUUUAUGAAGGGUUGGUAAAUGAGAAUGAGAAAAACAAGAUUCUCUCUUUACUUAAUGAAACAAAAGCUUCUUUUCGUCGAGGAGGGCUUGAAGCUGGGCAGACUGUAAUAAUUGGAAAAAGACCAAUGAAGGGUCAUGGGAGGGAAAUUAUUCAGCUGGGCAUUCCUAUCGUUGAAGGCCCUCCUGAAGAUGACUAUCCAAGAGAGACAAAAGUGGAGGCUGUUCCUGGAUUGCUGCAUGAUCUGUUUGACCGCUUGUGUCAGAAGGAAAUUAUACCAACAAAACCAGAUUAUUGUGUUAUUGAUUACUACAAUGAGGGGGAUUAUUCUCACCCUCACCAAUCCCCUCCUUGGUAUGGUAGACCCUUUUGUACAUUCUGCCUGACAGAUUGUGAUAUGGUGUUCGGCCGAGUUAUUUCAGGAGAACGAGGUGAUCAUAGAGGUCCUCUGAAGCUCUCUCUCUCGACAGGGUCUCUUCUGGUGUUGCAUGGGAAGAGUGCUGAUGUUGCUAAGCGAGCUAUUCCUGCUGCAUGUAAGCAGCGGAUCCUACUAAGCUUCGGGAAGUCUUUAUCGAGAAAACAAGUACCAUCUGAAAGUGUUUCACGGUUUACUACCCCGUUGACACCACCUCCUAUGCCCUGGGGUCCUCCAAGGCCGGCUAACAUGGCGCGUCAUUCUUCAAGCCCUAAACACUUUGGAUAUGCCCCAAACAGUGGCGUACUUCCAGCGCCGGCCAUUGGAGCGCAUCACAUUCCUCCAUCAGAUGGAAUGCAGCCACUCUUUGUAGCACCUGCUCCAGUUGCUGCUGCAGCCAUGCCUUUCCCAUCACCUGUUCCUUUGCCAAACUCAACAACAGCUUGGAUGGCAGAAGCUGCUCCAAGGUCUGCUCCACAACGACUCCCAGUUCCUGGCACGGGGGUCUUCCUUCCUCCUGGAUCGGGUCACGCACUGCCUCAUCAGAUGAUGACAGCUUCUCAGUCUCCUGCCGAGCCAAUCUCUUCAACAGAUUCAUCUGCUUACGUGCAUAACAAGAGCACCAGCACCAUGGGGGAGAUGGCCAACGGUGACGUUUCUCCAAAGAGCUCACCAGCAAAACAAUCCGACGCGGUUGAGCAGAAACCAGAGUGCAAUGGGAGCUCGAAUGGUGGCAGUAGCUUGGUGGAUAAGAAGUCUGCUGUAAGUAAGGAGCAGCAGAAUGGUGGGAUGAAGAAGGUUGGGAGCAACAAGGUCCAGCCGAAUGCCGCAAAAUAGAGGCAGGGUUGUAGUACAUAGACAACAACAAAAAGACAUGAAGAGAUGAGGAAACUUCAAUUUUUUGGAUCGUGUGGUUGCAAGCACAGAAAGAAAUCCCAGGAGUAUGCUGCGCUCAAGUGAGAGCUUCAUCGACAGCAGUGUUGCUGUCGCGGCUGUCGCCCAUGGCCUGAGACCUCGCUGUCGAGUUCUUAGGACUGAAUGCUAUAUUAAAUUUUGUAGCUGCUCUGUAGCACAACUGGAUGAUCACUCUGCUCUAAGUUAUCCUUGGCAAUUAUCUUAUGGAGAUAUGGGGCUAUGUGCUAUGACCAUUUCUGCGGCA